AUGGCUCAAUAUCAAGAAGUCGACAACAUUGAGGAGAUAAUAUCUCGACCAUCAACCCCAAAUUCAAACCUUAGCCGCUCCGAGAUAGCUCCCGAUGAACUUGGUCAGUACAAUGCGAUCCGUCAGCCGGCCUCGAACCAUUCUCGGGCGAGUGCCGAGUCCCUUGACCAGCCACACCCAGAGCCGGGGCCAGAGCGCCCACGACGUUGUUAUGCUUGGUGGCAGAGAAUUGGGAUAUUAGGCGUGCUCACAAUCGUGAUUGGCACAUUGGUUCAUCUUGCAUCCUUAGCUGUGCUCAUUUUCCUUUGGCGAGGUGCUGAGGCAUCCUUGGACCGCAACGAGCCAAAGUUGUGGCAGACCAUCGUCUGGGAUGGAUGGGCGCCUGGAACCGUUACCAUCUGCUCUGCCGCUAUGCUUACCUCGAUAUCUCUUCAGCUCGGUCUUCUCGUGGCGGCUUUGGCGGCCAUCAUGCUAGAGACAUCUGGUAUGUCCUUCAAGGAUAUCCCGCUCUUGUCCACCGAGCGGGCAUCGAAAUCGAGCCCUAUCGGCAUUCUUCCCGCAGUAUUCAGACAGACUACACAUGGUACCUCGGGACUGGUUCAUUCUUUUAUCGUCACUAUCGCGGUCACCAUCAUGCUCGUUUCGACUUUUAUUUCCACCAUCCUACUCUCCGACUUCGAAACCCACGACAUCGCCGCUCCAGCCAUGACCAGCAACAAGACAAUAACAUUCGAACAUGACAUAGAGCUCGAGGACGUAAAUAGAGCUUCUUACUGGAGAUCCAAACCCGCAGCACAGUGGCGAUUCGCAGAAGCCCAGAUCGGCAAGUCCUCUCCUGGCGACACAGGGGAUACUUAUCGUGCCAUGCUGCCAUUCUUAAACGAAACGUCGAGGACGAGUUUGGAGUUUUACUCUGGGCCUGCGGUGGUCGCCAACACCCGCACUAUCUGCGCUCCAUUAUCAUUGGACUCCUUUAGUAUUGUCCAAGAACCACUAGCAACCGAGUCCCUGGUGAGUGGUCUCAGAAAAAUAUCUGGGGGUGGCACGCUCUUGCGUGUGGGUGAAGAGGGUGAGAUCAGCACAUUUGAAUGCCAGCUACCUACAGUUGAGGGCCACCAGACAAACUGGCCCAUCUCCCUCUGUUUUGGAGCUUCUCCUGAAGGUCAAAAGUACCCCUCUGUUGCCUCAUCAGACCCGAAAAGUGGCAUGCCUUAUGUCCUCCAUCCGAUAACCAUCCUCAACACGACCAAAAGGCUUGUGCUUGACGUAGAGGUAAAUGAUACUGACGACAGUGUCACCGAGGACCUCGUACCCAAGCAUCUUCAAAAUUCGACGUCCAAGUCCAAAGGUCUUUGGACGACAGUGUAUGAUGCUGAAGGCCUGGAUGUGUUUUCAGCCUCUCUUUGCUAUUUCAACCUUGCUCGGCCGCUGGAAUACAACGUCACAAUGUACGGACCAACGAUUCCAUUCGAACCUACUGAUACCGAUGACAUAUGCCUUCAGUUUGGCUCAGGCGCGCUCUUUCGGGAAUUUGCAAACCGUGGCCUCCUCAACCUCGAUAUUGGGUCCCGUAUAAGAGAUAUCAAAGACGAACUUGACAGGGCAGCCGUGGAUACAAGUUUCGGUCGUGUCUGGGCUGAGCUUCCUCUCGGGUCCAAGUCCGCUUGGAGCAUGAGGUAUGGCACAUUUUACGAGCCACAGUGGAAGGCUCAUCAAGCGCAUACUGCUAUGACAUACUAUGAUUGGCUGCUAGACUACAAUGCUGAGCAUCCAGUUACAACUGUGCACUCGGCACAAGGACUCAUCCCGAUGGGAUGGACUGGACUUGUUAUCGUUUUGAUUCUCGUUGGCUACCAUCUCAUCUUGGUAUUUGCUACAGUGGAGCUCUUCAUGAUUAAGACGAGGGCUUCUGCGCUUGGAAAUGCGUGGCAGGCGGUUGCGCAGAUAGCCCGCGCGACUAAUGCCCUGGAGUCAGCUGACAGGAUGCUGGACAAGGAGGUGGACAAGUGGACAAAGACAACAGGGCUGGAUAAGGAGGUGUAUUCUAUAUCAGAGUCUGCUGAUGGAAAUACGCUUGAAAUCCAACUUCGGAAGCGGACAGGAGGUUGA